GGUUGGACUUGCUACCUGCAAAACUCUCCGAAAAUGAUAAAUCUCUCUCCCUCCCGCCUCCGCUUCUGUCCCCUUUCUAUUCCGGCGGCAGUGAGGCGGACAAUCUAGCACACCACUACAGCAAGGGGGUCGCCAGGAACCGCACCGACGAGGAGGCCUACGCCGUGCUCCGCGAAUGCGACAUGGCUCCCAACGAGACGGCGCAGAAGCUGCUCCUCCAAGGAGCCCAAAAUGCAUGGGAUAUGCUGUCUGAGGAGCAAUCACAGAAACACAUCACUACUGGCUCUGGUGACCUGAACGGCAUACUUGGUGGAGGGAUUCAUUGUAAAGAAGUUACUGAGAUAGGUGGGGUUCCAGGAAUUGGUAAAACUCAACUGGGGAUUCAGCUAGCAAUCAACGUCCAAAUUCCCGUGGACUAUGGUGGCCUUGGCGGCAAAGCAAUUUAUAUUGAUACAGAGGGCAGUUUCAUGGUUGAACGCGUCUAUCAAAUUGCUGAAGGGUGUAUCAGUGACAUAAUGGAGUAUUUUCCAUGCCACCAUGACAAGUCGUCAUCUGGCCAAGAAAAUCUGCAGCCCGAGAGUUUCCUGGCAGGAAUCUACUACUUCCGAAUAUGCAGCUACACUGAACAGAUUGCGGUGAUAAACUAUCUGGAGAAAUUCCUCGGAGAACAUAAAGAUGUGAGAAUAGUUAUUAUUGAUAGUGUUACUUUCCACUUCCGACAAGAUUUUGAUGAUCUGGCUCUGAGGACUAGAGUGCUCAGUGGAUUAUCAUUGAAGUUGAUGAAGCUUUCAAAGUCAUAUAACUUGGCGGUUGUCUUGUUGAACCAAGUAACUACUAAAUUUACAGAAGGAUCAUUUCAGUUAACUCUUGCUCUAGGUGACAGCUGGUCCCACUCGUGCACAAAUCGACUGAUUCUGUACUGGAAAGGGAACGAGCGGUGUGCAUACCUGGACAAGUCCCCUUCACUUCCUGUAGCUUCAACACCGUAUGCAGUGACAAGCAAAGGGGUGAGAGACGCUGGCAGUUCAAGCUGCAAGCGAGUUAGGGUAAUGUAGCAACGUUGAAAUGCAUGGUCUCGCAUCCAAAGAAUUGCGCCGUUCGCUUAGGAAAAGUGAAGUAGCUACUGGAAAAGUGAAGUAGUAGUAGUAGUAGUAGCUACUGGAAAAGUGAAGUUCAACUCAUUUGGUUGACCCAGUGAUUCAAAGAUGCACCCAGUGCCCCAACAUGUAAAAUGUCAUAUGACAGCAUAUCUGCAAUCUGCCGUGAACAUGAUCGGAAAUGGGUAGUAGUAGCACGCAGUGCCUCAACUAUUGAGACUAGAAGCGUUGCGCGCGCUUCACUGUGCCGGUUGUA